AUUCAACGUCAAACCAGUAAUUAUUACACAAUGUCAUAUGUUCACAGAUAUUAGUUAGAUCCGAUCUAUAGUCAACCAACCAAUAGCUAAAAGGAAAAAAGCAGCACAAUUGAAUUUAAAAUAAAAUUUUGGAUUUUGCUGAUUGUUGUUUCGUAGUUUGUUUUGUUUGAUUUUAAAAUCUUUUCAUUUUCGCUUUUCGGCUGUGUGUCGUGUUAAAAAGAACGAAAAACAAAUUCUCGGUUAAUCAAAGUUGUAUCGAAAUUAGAUAAAUUUACUGUACUGUACAGUAGAAAUCAAUUAUUUUGUACAUUCUAAUUAUUGAUAUUGACUCAUCCAUUUGAUAUGUGUUCAAAAACAAAUCAGUACCAAAAAAUGGAGAUGAAAUAGAAGAAAACAGAAAAAAACACACACAAAAAAUAACCGUAAUAACAAGAAAUAUCAUGAACAAACAUGUAUGUGUUGUUAGAUUUACUGUUACGUUCUAUUAUGGAGCAUAAAAAUACAUGCACAAGAUGAUGAUGAUGAUGACAGGCCAGUGCUUGUGUAUCGUCUUAGAAAUUGUCUCAUUGCCGUUGUUGUCUUUGUUGGCCCCGAUGUUUUUUUUACUGGUGUUGUUUUCAUCGUAAUCGCCAUCGUCGUCGCAUUCAAUUGCAGGUUAAUUAUUACUAAGCACAUUCAUUAUCACUCGUGAAAAUCAAUGUAACAUACGGACUAAAAACAACACACAUAGAGUUUCGCAAACAAAACUGUCACACUACUAAUUGAUUAAACUGCGUUAAUAUGCAUACAAUACAUGUGCACAUCAACAGAAGCGGCAGCAGCAGUAAGACUCGUUAAGGUCACUCCAGUAUAUCAUUGUUUUUAUUAUUUUGCAAGUGUAAUUUCACGUUGAAGUAUAAUAAAAAAAAAUCCAUAGGAAUAACAAAAGUGAGUUAUUGUAUGCUUAAAUUGAAAAAGAUUUAAUUGUGAACGUGAUUGAGCUGCGCCGGUGCAUGGUAAAAUUGCAAGUGAGAACAAAAAAUAAAACCAAGCAAAUACCAAAAAAAAAAAUCUUUGUGUGCCUUCAUAACACUUUACACAUCAAAUCAUCAAAACAGGUUAGUUGAGCGCCAAUCGAAUACCAAAAUUGUGAUGCACGACACAAACAAGGACAGAAGAACAAUUUUUUUCCAAAGAAUGUAGUGUACUAACUUCGAAUUAAAAUUCAAUGACUUUAUGUUUGAACUUAAAUUGGAACGACAAAAACGUGUAAUGUAGUAAUCCUUAAAUUGCAAAAUGGUGUACGCCUUUUAUCUGAUCCUGAUGAGACAACUUCGAAAUUUAUAUUCAUGUCGAGUUUUAUAACCGAUAUAAGAGUUCCAAUGAGUAGAAGUGCAGUAUAAACCAAAGCAAAAUAAUUGAAUCAAUGACUUUAAUUCAUCGAUUAAAGAAAUCUUUAGAGCAUACUCUCUUUGGACGAACCGACUGACUGAUCAAGUUUUCUCUCUCUAUCGAACAACAUAAGCAGCAUUAUUAACCGAAACAAAUUAACCAAAUCGAACGUAAUAAAAAAAUGCCUUGUGAAGCCUGUAACAUACAAUUUACGGUUUUCAAACGAAAGAAAUCCUGUACUGAAUGCAGACGACUUUACUGUAGCAAUUGUCUCACCAAAAAUAAGGAACGAAUUUUAUGUAAACGCUGUGUCAUUUUCACAACUCGUCCACUAUCCAAAAUUGAACUAUUGAAAUUGAAAGCAAAAGACUUAAUAUUCUAUCUACAAUCGAAGCAUAUUUCAACUACAGGAUGCGUUGAAAAAGAAGAACUUGUGAAUUUAGUGCUGAUUCACGUGGACAAUUCAAAUAAUUUCACUCCUGAUUUGCAACAAUCACCAACAUCUAUCUCGAUGGGAAUCUCUGAUCAAAGUGAUGAUGAUCCUCGAUCGAAUCCAUUCGAUCAAAUUCGCAAUACGUGUCAAAACUUAUUUACGACUUUCACGGAGAAAAUUGCCGCUGAUUUUAAUUUUGAUUUCAAGCAAAAUCAAAGCGAUCGACAGACGAAUGUAUGCGAGGACCAGCCACGUUAUAGCGAUAGCUUUGAGAAUGUGCCGUCGUUUAAUUCAAAUGUGACUAAUAAUGCCACGUCGACCACAUCUAAUAACAGUGGUAAUAUAUCAAAACUCCACAGAACUCAUAGAUCCACAACAAUACAAACCUCAAGCGUAAAUCAAUCAACUCAAAUGGUAUCGCCACCGGUGGAUAAUGCCUUUAGCAACAUUAAUAAUAAUUAUAGCAAUGCUGGUUCUGGGUCCGGGCGAAAUCACACAACUGGCAACUUACAAACGUUACCAACUAUCACGGGCGAUUCAUCGAAUGCAAGCGACUCAUCGAUCUUGAAAUCAAUCUCAAGUGAAGAUGGAAGAACAACGGCGGUGAUAUCUCGAAUCAUUCCACAGAAUGGUAUGCAAUCGCCUUCAACUAUAGCGCGGCCGAUGCUGAAUGCUUCAACUUCAACUACAUAUAAACCGUUGGCUUCUUCAAAAAUAACCGAACUUUCAAAAACUGUUUGUGAGAACGAUGUUGGUUCUAGUUCUGGAUGUGAAUGUUCCGAUGAUGAACUGAUUAUUGAAUUACAGGAGAAUUCGGGCGAUCAACUAAUAAGUCCCGUUGCUCCGUCAUUGAUUGAAACAACAAUGGCGGCAGCACAAGCCAUUAGCUCUUCAUUCAGAACAACAAAAUUACAAUUAGAUAUUGACAACAAUUUAACAGCGACAAUGACGACGGCACCGCUGAGUAGCUCAAUGAAAGUAGGUAACAACAUUUUAAAUGCGACAUCAAUAGUGGACAGUUUGGAUAUUGCAUCAUUUGAAGACUGCGGAGCAGUGGGUGGACUUCAAACGAACAUUACACCAAAUGACACGGACAGCAAAUGGAACAUUGAUGAUACCGCUUCAACUUCAUCCAACGUUGAGAAUAAUGUCGAUAAAAAUGUAUCGACAACCAGUGUUUCGUACACAACAAAUUUACCAAAUUCAAUUACGAAAUUACCUCAAGUUAAUCAUAGCAGCGACAACCAAAGACACAAUACACAAUUAGAUGAAAUGAUAACAAAUGAUACCAAGAUCACAUUCCCGCAAGAACAUUCCACAGUGAUGAAUGAGUCAGAACAGCAGCAACAGCAGCAACGCAAUACGGAUGAAUUGCGAUCAAAGCUCGAAAAGGCAUUGAAAUCACGACGACAAAUGCAUCGGAAAAUUACACGACGACAAUCCGAUGGUAUUGUUUAUACGGCUUCAACAAGCAAUCCCAGUCAUCGAACCGCACGAUUUCUCGGCAAUGUUGACGAUGAUGGUGGUGAUGACGAUGAAGAGCGCUCGACAAGUACCAGUGAAGAGUUUUCGUUACAUAAAAGCGCCCAUAAAUUAAUAUGUCGAAAAUGUGGCAAAACGAAAGGGAAUCGAAAGAAAUUCAGUGCAAUUGACAUGUAUGGAAACGAAGACACGGAUGAUGAUGAUGACGACGAUAAUUAUGAUCCGUCAUUUGGGAUUCAUGUGUAUGGUUCAAACAAUGACACCAAUACUACAUCAACACAUCCCCCAAGGCAAUUUUUUGAUCUAAAUACCAUCGAGAAAAAGCAGGAACUAGAAGAUUUAAGUGUCAAACAAUUGAAAGAAGUGCUCAUGUUAAAUCGUAUCGAUUUCAAGGGAUGCUGUGAGAAGAGUGAAUUGUUGGAACGUGUACAACGGCUGUGGGAUGAUCGCAGAAAUUGUCCAGCGGUCGACAAGCUUGCAACGGUGGAUUUGUGUAAGAUUUGUAUGGAUGCGGCAAUUGAAUGUGUGUUAUUGGAGUGUGGUCACAUGGCAACGUGUACCAACUGCGGAAAAGUUUUGAGUGAGUGCCCGAUCUGUCGACAGUACAUCGUUCGAGUUGUUCGAUUUUUCAAAGCAUAAAAGUGAACAAACUACACACACGCGCACGCAGAUGAACGAAUGUGUGCUGAAUAGAACGAUAGUUGUAAUUAACCCUCUAAUGCAUUAAUUUUUCCCAGGGCUGGGAGCAUUGGUUGAUUUUUGGCCAUAGAUAAUUAAAAAAAUAUUCAUAUUCCUGGAUUCCUCAUGGUUUAGUCAGGAAAUGCGAUUGACAUAAAUCAGAGAACAAUCAAAUCCAUUGUUUAAAAGUGUCAAAAAUGUGUCUAAUUUGGAGUUUGAAUAAUUUAUUUUGUCAAAUUUUUGUUUUUGCAUACAUUUUUGUUUAUAACUUUACAAUCACACUACAUAGACAAAUAUUGCCAAAGACAAAAAUAAACAGAAAAAAUUGACUAAUAAAAA